UGAAUUCAACAGUUGGAAAAUUAAGCGCAGCCAAACUUGUCCUAAGUCAAAAUAAGCUUAAUUGCAACAAAUUUCCAUGGAACUUUCCUUUCCAUUUUCUUAGGAGUGUGAACUAAUUUUGUAGCAUUUACUAGUCUAUUAUAAGAAGGAAAUUCCAAUUUUUGCACCAUAAGCUUGCUUUAUAAUAACAGGUUUCAUGUUUCACAGAGUUCAUACCUCUUAAAUAUUUUCAUUCAUACACUCAAGAUCAUAUCCUUUGUUCAUAUUUCAUCAGCUAAGAACAAGGAUACAAUCUGUUUUUCAGUCAGUGGAUUAACAAUAUUAACCACUCAAGCAUUGAUGAUGGCUGAUAGAAGACACCAGCAUCCAACAGUAGCACAAAAAUUUGGUUCACAAUUUCAUCUAAGAUCAAACAUUUCUCCACAUGUUGCAACUUCCUAUAGAAGUUUGGAAAAACCUGUUCUAUUUCAGCAACAUGUUGGUUCAGUUACUUCAUCACAUAUGUUUGUUCCGUCACCGUCGGAGAAAAACUUUGCAAGCUUUGCAACUGAUUUUCUGAUGGGUGGAGUUUCUGCAGCAGUGUCCAAAUCUGCAGCCGCUCCUAUAGAGCGCGUAAAGCUUCUGAUUCAAAACCAAGAUGAAAUGAUUAAGGCUGGUAGGCUUUCUGAACCUUACAAAGGUAUUGGAGAUUGUUUUGGAAGAACAAUCAAAGAUGAAGGAUUUGCUUCACUUUGGAGAGGAAAUACUGUCAAUGUUAUCCGUUACUUCCCUACACAGGCAUUCAACUUUGCAUUCAAAGACUACUUUAAGAAGCUAUUUAACUAUAAGCAAGAGAGGGAUGGAUAUUUGAAAGUGUUUGCAGGAAAUAUUGCAUCUGGUGCAGCAGCAGGAGCUUCAUCUUCCGUCUUUGUUUACUCAUUGGAUUACGCACGAACUCGCCUUGCAAAUGACGCCAAGGCCACGAAGAAAGGAGGAGAGAGGCAAUUCAAUGGCUUGAUUGAUGUCUACAGAAAGACAUUCCGAUCAGAUGGUAUUGCUGGUCUUUACCGUGGCUUCAAUGUUUCGAUUGUUGGAAUCAUUGUCUACCGUGGUUUGUAUUUUGGAUUGUAUGAUUCUCUUAAGCCAGUGCUCUUGGUAGGAACAUUGCAGGAUAGUUUCCUUGCUAGCUUUGUUCUAGGAUGGGCUGUUACAGUUGGUGCUAGUGUUGCAUCUUACCCUUUAGACACCGUCCGUAGAAGAAUGAUGAUGACAUCAGGUGAAGCUGUAAAGUACAAGAGUUCUUUGGAUGCUUUCUCACAAAUUGUGAAAACUGAAGGUCCAAAAUCUCUCUUCAAAGGUGCUGGUGCAAACAUUCUUCGAGCUGUUGCCGGCGCUGGUGUGCUUGCAAGUUAUGAUAAACUUCAGGUGCUUAUGUUGGGAAAGAAAUAUGGUUCUGGUGGAGCUUAAUUAUCAAAAAGAGAGAAUAUAACAUAUAAGAUGGUGAUGAUGAUGAUGAUGAUGAUGAUGAUGAUGA